UAAUUCAAUUAAAAAAAAAAAUUUUUUUUUUUAAUUGGAGAGUUGAAUUUUUUUGACAAGAAUUCUAAAAACGUGUUCAGGACAACAGCGAUAAAACGUUUGUAUAACAGACUAUUUGAUCUGCAACUGACAGUCUUGUUAACUCUUCAAUGACAAAGUCAUCAGAAAACAUGGAGUAUACGGCUAAUCAUUUCAUUCCUUCAAAAAUGUGCACGCUUGAAACUUGUCAAGAGAAAGAAGAAGUUAAUAAAGCAGAUUUUCAAUUCAACAAUUCAACAAAUGAUCUUUCCGAAUUAUCAACGCUUUCAGAAGACAAAAAUACCUCCGUUAACCCAAUUGAAAGAGUUCAUGUUAUACCAGUACCUCAAAUAAAGCAUGUGACUCGUACUGUUUUCAUUCCGAAGAUUGUGUCUAAAAAUACCGAAAAGUCGACUUUCCAGAUUCCCACAUGUGAAAUUUUUUCAAAUACAAAAAUGUUUUUUCAGAAAGAGUCCUCUAUUCGAAAGGAACGUCCUCUGGCUCGAGCUUUAAGUCCACCACUUUUCGUGACUUCAAAAGACGUCUUUUUUAAAGAAAGGAACAAGGAAAAAGGUUUUGAUCAAAAGUGUAUUAACAGACUUGCUCCAUUGAAAGUUUUUUAUAAAGUGAAACAUGCUCCCAAGUUGAAGAAUGUAGACGGGUGUAUCGGUUUCUCGAAAAAAACACAUUCCUCGCCUAGUUUAAUGUCACCAUGCCCUACCACGUUUUCUCCUAAUCCGUCCAAAGUCACCAGUUUUUCUUUGUCUCAACAAUUAUCAACAGCAAAUCGGGUCAACCAUAUGAACGUUGCUAUAUCAAGCCAUCCGGUGUAUGUGCCGUUUCAACCAAAAGACCCCGUUAGCGUGAUUGAUUUAACAAGUUGUUCAACUAAAAUUGUACACAAACCUUGUGAAAAAUUCACAGGACCGACGUUUCGCAUUAGUUAUCCACAGGUAGAUUUGGUCUGCUCAACGGACCACGACUGUACAAGUAAAAACACUACUCGUGAACAUCCCGUUGAUAAGACUCUUUUUAAGAGAGGUCAGACCAGCAUCCAAUAUGAUCCCGUUCCUGAAAUAAGGAUCAACAGUUCUAUACAGCAAAAUACAGUUGAAGAGUCCCAUUCUCCUUCGAAUCGCAUUCAAGAAAAUGUGCAGGACCCUUCACCACGGCUUUUCAAUACAAAAAGUAUAUUUGAACAUAAAGGCGUUCCACCACCGGUUUUAAACUCAGUGGAUUCAAUAAACAAAACUAGGUCAGAUGAAAAAUACGUAUUUGAAAACGUGUCUGCACCGCGUCCGCAGUCGUCCUUUGUAAACAACGUGAUUUUUAAAGAACAGCCUUUUCAAAAAAGUGUUGAGAAAAUUCAGCCUUUUCAAAAAAGCGCUGAGAAGAUUCAGCCUUUUUACAAGAAUACCGAGAAUUUGCGUGUAGGGUUUCAUCACACAGUAGGAUUCUCGAGUCAUACCCCUACUUAUUUAUGGAAGGUGGCGAGUCAAUUAUUAGAAAAAAAGAAAAUACAAUCUUUUUCGUAAAGUUUUUUUUUCAAAAUCAUUUUUUUAAAAACUUUUUUGAUUGUUUAUUGACUGUUUGCGGAUGUAUUCGUUUUAUUUUAACUAACAAAACAUAUUGGGGUGGGU